AUUUCAGAUCUUUUUUUCUUGUCCUGCAGCUGUGAAAUGGUGAAAGAUGGCGUCUGUUGAAGAACGGCUUCUGAAGUCACUGGAGGAAUUGGUCAAAGAUGAUCUGAAGAAGUUUCAGUGGCACUUAAAGAAACAUGAGUGUAUAUCAACAUCUGAAAUGGAGGAUGCGGAUCGUUUAAAAACAGUGGAUAAGCUGGUAACGUGUUUUGGACCAGAAGAAGCUGUGAAGAUCACGGUCGCCAUCCUGAAGAAGAUCGGCAAGAAUGAUCUGGCUGAACAGCUGGAGAAAGAACACAAGCAAGUAAUUCACAGACGGGUCAUAAUAAAUACCUGGACGAUAUUUACACUGAUUUAUAUGUAUUUAUAUAUACCUACAACCCUCACAGGGAUGUACACAAACUUUUUACUUUCUCAGAAGCAACAGAUGGAAACAAAAUAUUGCAAGGAUCCUAAAACUAAGGCUAAAGUCAUGUCUUUUGAUGAGAUUAUUCUGAAGCUUGGGAAACUGGCCUUUAAACAACUACAGAAAGGUAAUCUGAUUUUCUACAAAGAAGAUCUUGAGGAGUGUGGACUAAAUGUCAAUGAAGGGUCUGUGUACUCUGGGUUAUGCACACGGAUGUUUCAGGAGGAAAAAUCUAUGUCAGAGAGAAAUGUUUACAGCUUCCAGGAAUUACUUGCUGCUCUCUAUGUGUUAUUUAUUAACAAAAACAAGAAAGCAAACCCAUUUCUCGAAUCCUGGAAAAAACUGUCAUGUAUUCUGUCCACAAAGCCACUGUUUGAACUUCAUAAAGCUGCAGUCAAUGAGGCUUUACAAAGUGAGAAUGGACACCUGGACCUCUUCCUCCGAUUCCUCCUGGGUCUUUCAGUAGAGUCCAAUCAGAGAGACUUGAAGGAACUACUGCCAGGACUGAAGCUGAAAACAGAGUACACCAAAGACACUGCUGAGUAUAUCAAAACGAAAAUAGAGAUGGAGGAAUCAACAGAGAGGACCAUCAAUCUCUUCUACUGUCUGAAUGAACUGAAAGAUGACUUUGUGGAGGAAAUCCAGAAGAAUCUGGGCUCUGGAAAACUUUCAGAGCAGAAUCUCUUCUCUGCUCAGUGGUCGGGUCUGGUGUUUGUGCUCCUCAUGUCAGAAGAGACUCAAGAGAAGUUUGAACUGAAGAAAUACAGAAGAUCUGAUGAAGCACUGAUGAGACUGCUGCCAGUCAUCAAAAACACCAGAAGAGCACUGCUACAGUGCUGUGAUCUCACUGCUCAGUCUUGUGAGAGUUUGUCUUCAACUCUACAGUCGUCAAACUCCUUUCUUAGAGAGCUGGACCUGAGUGACAAUGAUCUGCAGGAUUCUGGAGUGAAGCUUCUUUCUGAUGGACUGAAGACCCCAAACUGUCAGCUGGGGAUUCUGAGGCUACAGAGCUGUAAUCUCACUGCUCAGUCUUGUGAGAGUUUGUCAUCAGCUUUACAAUCAUCAAACUCCUUUCUAAGAGAGCUGGACCUGAGUAACAAUGACCUGCAGGAUUCUAGAGUGAAGCUUCUUUCUGAUGGACUGAAGACCCCAAACUGUCAGCUGGAGAUUCUGAGGCUACAAUGCUGUAAUCUCACUGCUCAGUCUUGUGAGAGUUUGUCUUCAGCUUUACAGUCAUCAAACUCCAUUCUAAGAGAGCUGGACCUCAGUAACAAUAAUCUGAAGGAUUCUGGAGUGAAGCUUCUUUCUGUUGGACUGAAGAGCAAAAACUGUCAGCUGGAGAUUCUGAGGCUACAGGGCUGUGCUCUCACUGCUCAGUCUUGUGAGAGUUUGUCAUCAGCUCUACAAUUACCAAACUACAUGCUGAGAGAGCUGGACCUGAGUAACAAUGAUCUGCAGGAUUCUGGAGUGAAGCUUCUUUCUGAUGGACUGAAGAGCCCAAACUGUCAGCUGGGGAUUCUGAGGUUGUCUGGCUGUAUGGUGACAGAGGAUGGAUGUAGUUAUGUGUCCUCAGCUCUGACUGCACAACCCUCAUGCUUGAGAGAGCUGGAUCUAAGCUAUAAUCACCCUGGAGAUUCAGGAGUCAAGCUACUCUAUGAAAAACUGGAGGAUCCAAACUGCUCACUGGAUAAAUUCAAUGUGGAUCAUGGAGGAGAAUCCAGGAUUACAGCAGGACUACAGAAAUAUUCCUGUUUUCUCACACUGGAUCCAAACACAGCACACACUGAACUCAUUCUGUCUGAGGAGAACAAAAAGGUGACAUGUGUGAUGAAGAAACAGCCGUAUCCUGAUCAUCCAGACAGAUUUGAUAUGUGUCAUCAGGUGUUGUGUAGAGAGAGUGUGUGUGGACGCUGUUACUGGGAGAUUGAGUGGAGUGGACGUGUGUUAAUAUCAGUCUCAUAUGAGAACAUCAGCAGGAAGGGAUCGGGUGUUGAGUGUAGGUUUGGACGUAAUGAUCAGUCCUGGAGUUUGAUCUGCACUCCUGACAGUUACUCAUUCAGACACAAUAACAAACAGACUGAUCUCCCUGUGAAGUCCAUCAUCAGGAGAAUAGGAAUGUAUGUUGAUGAUGCUGUCAGGAGAAUAAGAGCGUAUCAUGUUGAUGAUGAUAAUGAUGAUGAUGAUAGUGAUGAUGAUGAUGUCAGGAGAAUAGGAGUGUUUGUGGAUCACAGUGCAGGAACUCUGUCCUUCUACAGAGUCUACAGAAACACGGUGAGCCUCAUCCACACAGUCCAAACCACAUUCUCUCAGCCACUCUAUCCUGGGUUUAGAGUAAAUUUUCUGUCUUCAGUGAAACUAGACAGAAGACUAGACAGAGACUGAUGAGAGAUUCUACCCAUAAUGUUUGAGGUGCAUGAUAAAUCAGUAACAGUGAGAUGUUUUGUGCCGCGUUUCCACCGAAAUUACCUGGAACAUUUGUACCAGGAACUUUUUCCCCGGGAACUAUUUUCCCCCCAGACCUGUUGCCAUUUGUGUUCCACCCAGGGCUUGAAAACGAAU